AUGAAAGCUUCAACGGAUCAAAACUAUCAUAAAACAUGGAUGUAUAUGCCCGAUGAUGAAGGAGCACUACAUGAAAUAAGUUUGAACUACACUUUUGACAAUUUAAGAGCAGUUAAAAAACUAUAUGAAGAUACAAUUCACAUAGCUCGAUUUUGGUUGUUCACGGACAUAAAGAGUGAAUUUGUUCAGAGAGUCAAGAAUGCAUACUUUCGGAAGUCAGGAAGACAUUACAAUAUUAUUGCUGUUGAUUGGAAAGAGUCAGCAUCAGAAACAGUUUACAUUCGAUCUGUGUUUUUAACAAAAUAUGUUGGAAAAUUUGUGGCACACUUCAUGAACCAUAUGCAGGCUGAACAUGGAGUAAAUUUAAGUGAUGUUCAUAUUAUCGGAUUCAGUUUAGGAGCUCAUGUAGCUGGUGUUGCUGGAUCUAAACUUCAAUUUUGGUCAGGCAAAAAGGUUGGCAGAAUCACUGGUCUAGGCGAAUCCAGCUUUGCCUUUGAGGAUACAUCAAACACAGAAAUAAUGUUAGACUCAUCUGAUGCUGAUUUUGUGGAUGUCAUUCAUACAUGCGCGGGUGUUCUUGGUCAUGAUAAAAAUUUAGGUCAUAUCGACUUCUAUCCAAAUGGUGGAGAGCAAGUUCAGCCUGGAUGUGAUCUCUUAUUAAAUGACUACUUUGGUGCUUGCUCGCACGAUAAGUCAUUUAAAUAUUUUGCAGCGACAAUUAACAACCCUAACAAAUAUUUGGCUAAGAAAUGUCAAUCAUGGAAAAACUUUAAAAGGAAGAGAUGUUUUGAAGGUCAAGAAAUUCCAAUGGGCGAUGCUACUCCUGGGAACUUCAACGGUGAAUAUUACUUGUGGACUGAAAGCUUUGAAAGAGGUGAUGAUGUUCUAAAUGAUGAUGAUGCUUCCGUUAAUUUAGAUGUGGAAUAA